AUGCCAUCAGAAUCAACGUCUUCAACAUCGACACCGCGCAAAAGAGGGAAAUGGGACGAGGAAGAUCCAGAUGACAUAGCAAUUCGCCAACAGCAGCAAUCAUCGAAACGCCCCGCAAGGACCAGGUCUCACGGCGUGCGUCCACCUAGUCCUGUGCGUUCAGAGUCGCAUCCUACUACCACUGCUCGUCCUUCCCGUCCAUUACAUAGCAUAUAUGUUCCUCCUCGAACUCACCAUCCAUCAAUACAACCAUCUCGUUCAGUCUACUGUUAUGAAAGACUCAAUCAGAUCGAAGAAGGGUCUUACGGCGUUGUCUUCAGGGCGAGGGAUAAGGAAACAGGCGAUAUCGUCGCACUGAAGAAAUUGAAGCUUGAUGAGGAGAAACAUGGGUUUCCUAUCACUGCCCUACGUGAAAUCAACGCUCUCAUGUCAUGUCACCAUGAUAAUGUGGUACGAAUCAGAGAAGUGGUGGUCGGAGAUACUUUGACUCAAGUAUUCGUAGUGAUGGACUUUAUCGAGCAUGAUCUAAAAACUCUCCUGACACUCAUGCCUUCGCCCUUCCUGCAAUCCGAGAUCAAGACUCUCAUGCUUCAACUGCUGUCCGCGGUCGCACAUUGCCAUUCCAACUGGAUACUUCAUCGCGACCUAAAGACCAGCAACCUGCUCAUGAAUAAUCGCGGGACCAUCAAAGUUGCUGAUUUUGGCCUUGCGAGACGGUAUGGAGACCCUGUGGGUGUUGGUGGCCUGACACAGCUUGUUGUGACACUAUGGUAUCGGGCUCCUGAAAUUCUCAUGGGAGCUACAACAUAUUCAACUGCUAUCGACAUGUGGUCCGUGGGAUGCAUUUUCGCUGAACUCCUCCUGAAGGAACCGCUGUUUCAAGCGAAAAGCGAAAUAGAGCUUCUUUCCAUGAUCUUCAAGCUUCUUGGAUCUCCUACUAGUCUAUCUUGGCCUGACUACUCCACUCUUCCGUUGGCAAAAUCCAUCACUCUUCCCUCACCUCAACCACAUCAAUUUCGUCAGCGUUUUCAUCAUAUGACAACCGCUGGUAUCGACCUGCUUGUGUCACUACUUACCUACGAUCCCGAACAACGUAUCAGUGCUGAAGAGGCUGUACAACAUCCGUAUUUCAGCGAAUCCCCACUUCCAAAACAUCCAGAUCUAUUUGGCUCAUUUCCAUCCGCUGCUGCAGGCGAGAGACGCCGAAAGCCUUUCGAUAGUCCAUCAGCACCCGUACGAGCAGCAGACUACAAACUUACUGAAGUCGAUCUUCCGUAG